AUGGCACGAACACAAUCGGCUUUUGUUUUAAACUGGUUACCCACAGCUAUGUCACCCUCCAUCGGAAGACGGGGAUUCCGUGGCCAUGCAAACGAAGGUUGGUCUUCAGUUAGUUGCAACGUUGUAAGGUGGGGCGGUGGACAAUACACAUUUUCAACUGGAAUUUGUUGCUCCUCUUCAUUGAUUGCAUCUGUUUCGAACAAAGUGGUAAACAGAUCAUCAACUUGUGCUUCAGUUUCUUCAUCAUCGUCUUCUUCAACAUUUUCAUUAGGAAUUAUUGCUGCAUUGGAUAUAAACAAAUUUCGCCCUCGGUCACAUAGUUUUGUUGAAGUCCACGAUAUGAUCCGCCCGUAUUUGCAACAAGCGGGAUUUGGCCAUGUCAUAAACAUUACCUCUUAUGGCGUAGAUAGAAAAUUACUCCUAGCCUUAUGCGAAAGAUGGCGACCAGAAACACACACUUUCCAUCUACCAACUGGUGAAUGCACCAUUACGCUUGAAGAUGUUCAUAUGUUGAUGGGUUUACGUAUCGAUGGUUUCGCAGUAGCUGGAUAUACAGCCGUGCCUUAUUCUAUCGCUGAAGAACUACUGGGUGAACCAUUAACAAACACAAGUAGAAAGGGCCAAUUCAUUAAAAUGACUUGGCUCAAAGAAAAAUAUGAAAACCGAAUGACAUUAACCGAUGCUUCCACCAUCGAAGAAAUUGUACAAAAAGCUAGAGUUUAUCUUUUGUUGCUUUUUGGUGGUCUAUUAUUUCCUGAUACUAAUGGUAACACUAUACAUCUGCAGUAUUUACCAUUAUUAUCUGAUUUUAUUAAACAAGUUGUGGAGUCUUACUUCAAGCCUGGGGGUGGUCGAGAAUGCCGAGACUGGCACCAGUGGUCUGCACAUGGGAUGAAUUAUGAAAAAACACCCCAUCAUUGUGCUCCUGGAUAUCGAACGUUCAUCGAUCAUUUCGAGCCGAUUGAUUUUACAUGGAGGCCCUAUCUCGAACUCGAAGAUCUGGAACCAACUGAUAGUGGCGUGUGGAGUUCAAAAACUUUUAUCAUAAGCUUCACUUAUAUUGAAAUGCAUCAUUCAGAUAGGGUUAAGCUCCAGUUUGGCAUUAAACAGGGCAUACCGGGUCCUCCAACUUGCAUGGAAGAGUAUCAUAAAAGUCAAUUAUCCGAUCAAUGGCCAUACGAUGAUUGGAAAGACCAUUACAAGAAUGAGCGUCGUCAAUGA